AUGAUUCAAGAUUAUUUCCAAUUGACUACUAAGUUGAUUCAUGAUUAUAUUGGAUCAACUCAUGAGAGAAAUGUCAAAGAAGAGUUCAGACCAAGUCACAAUGUAAAUCAAUAUUUAAUUUAUCAAGAUCAAGACAAAAAGAAAUUGUUGAUGGUUAUAGAUAUUAUCUUGAUGACGGAAAAGAUGCAAAUAAUCAGUAUAUUUUGCACCAAUGAUGAUAAUACUGAAAAGAUUAAGAUCAAUUGGGAUGAGAUAGAUGAAGCUAAGUUUCCUAUAGAUGAAAUCAAUAUAUCAAAUGAUUUGAUCUGUAAGUUUAAUGAUCAUAUUAAGAAGAGUGAAAGAGAUGAGAGGUUAAAACAAUUGUUCAAGAAAUCAUUGAAAUCACCCAAAGUUAUGGCUGUUAAUGAAAACAAACUUUCAGAUUUGAAACCAAGAAUCGACCUUGAUGAUCCUCAUCCUCCAAUUGGUCCACCGCCAUCACAUCUCAUUGAUGUGGCUGAUUCGUCAAGAACUAGAUUACCUGAUAAACCCGAUUUCGAUGAUGAGUAUGAAAUCAAAGGCAAAUAUCAACAAAAUAGACCACAAGUUUCAAUGUCCAUUGGUGAUGAUGAUUUGUACCCCGGGGGUAUUAAGAAUAUCACCGACCAUGAUCCUCUUAGAAUUGGUGGUAGAGGUAACGGUAUGUCACCUUCGUUUAACCACCCUCUUUUUGGAAAUAGAUCGACAUCUACCCGAGGCGAUCAUCCAUUUGGUGCAAGAUAUGAUGAGCCUUUCGGACCAGGUGAGGACGAUGAAUUAACCAGUCAAGGAUUACCAGGGUACCGAGGAACCAAUAAUGGAAUUGGUUUUGGACAAAACAAUCCUUUUGGGGGACCUCCAUUUUAA